CUUAUCUUGAUGGAGCUUUAAAAGCUCUCUUGGGUGCAGGGGAAGGCAGAAGUCUUGACUGUGUUCGUCUGGGGAAGUAAGGACAGCCGUACUCUACUCUCAGCUCCGUAGAGCUGUGUCCUCCAGGGUACUGGGUGGUUGAAGUUGAUGGUCCCGUAAUGGGCCCUCUCUGAAAAGAAUCUCUAAGAGAGCAGCCGCACCGGAAGGAAUGAGCAAAUUGUGACUUCUCAGCUCUUGCUGCCUUUGGACAUCUGGUCAGAUGUCUGGCGAGAGCUAGGUCCACUGGCCCAUAGGCAUCGUGCUGAAAAACUACCAGAAGCUUCCGCCUGAAGCUUCACCGAGACAGCAUGAAACCUGACAAUACCACGACUGCAUUGUGGUUGAACAUCACCUAUAUCACCAUGGAGGCUGUCAUCGGGCUCUGUGCUGUAGUAGGCAACAUGCUGGUCAUCUGGGUGGUCAAACUGAACCCCAGUCUGAGGACCACCACCUUCUAUUUCAUCGUUUCCUUAGCACUGGCCGAUAUUGCUGUCGGGGUGCUGGUCAUCCCUUUGGCCAUUGCUGUCAGCCUAGAAGUGAAGAUGCACUUCUACACCUGCCUUUUCAUGUCGUGUGUGCUUCUGAUCUUCACCCACGCCUCCAUCAUGUCCUUGCUGGCCAUCGCCGUAGACCGAUACCUGAGGGUCAAGCUGACGGUCAGAUAUAAGACAGUCACCACUCAAAGAAGAAUAUGGCUAUCCCUGGGCCUUUGUUGGCUGGUAUCCUUCUUGGUGGGACUGACCCCCAUGUUUGGCUGGAAUAAAAAAGUGACCUCAGGGCUCCCUCAGAAUGCUACCACCCUUUUGUGCCAUUUCCGUUCGGUUGUAUGCCUGGAUUACAUGGUCUUCUUCAGUUUCAUCACCUGGAUCCUCAUCCCCCUCAUCGUCAUGUGCGUCAUCUACCUGGACAUCUUCUACAUCAUCCGCCACAAACUCAGUCAAAACCUGUCUGGCUUCAGAGAGACACGUGCGUUUUAUGGGCGGGAGUUCAAAACCGCCAAGUCCCUGUUCCUGGUUCUCUUCUUGUUUGCUUCGUGCUGGUUGCCUUUGUCCAUCAUCAACUUUGUUUCCUACUUUCAAGUUGAGAUACCAGAGGUUGCGAUGUGCCUGGGCAUCCUGUUGUCCCAUGCAAACUCCAUGAUGAACCCUAUUGUCUAUGCCUGCAAAAUAAAGAAGUUCAAGGAAACCUACUCUCUGAUCCUCAGAGCUUGUAGGGUCUGUCAGACCUCAGAUUCUUUGGACUCAAAUAUUGAACAGACUACUGAGUAGUUACCAUGACAAAGAGCCAGCUCAUGAGCCUUCAUGGUUAGCAUCAGUGAACACUAUGGGCCUCUUCAGACAUCCUCGCUUCCCUCCACUGCAGCAGGAUCGUCUGGCUUGUUGCCAUACAGCUCCACUCCUCCCUUCCUCUUCUGCCUCAGUUAUUUCCUUGAGCUUCUUGAAUUCAGUUCUGUGGAAGCCUGACAUGACUUCAAUGAAUUACUGAUUAACAGUAAUUAAUUACUAAUUAAUUACUGAUUGACUGUGUUUUUCCUUCCCAGACACAGAGGUGAUGAAAUCUUGAGGGGGGGGGUGUCUCGUCUUGCCAAGGAAAGUCUUUAUCUGGGCUGGAUGUACAGAACCUGCUUUGAAAGAUUUCUAGGAUAUUGGGAACAGGGGUGAGCUGAAUUUAAAGAAGGGCUUAAGCUGCUAAAUUCACCUGUGGGUGCAUUUGAGCAAAUAAAAGAUGAUGGCCAACUGUUGCUUAGCUCUUUGCGGGGAUCCCUGGGGGCUUGGAGACACAGUUGACUGCUCUUGGCAUUCAUCCUGCUUGCUUCCUG